AUGCAAUCCAUUGCUGCCAUCUGGAAGCAGUUUCAAUCCACCUCCUCCACUUCCGCUGAAACGGAUGCAAAAGUAGCAAAUGAUAUUGACAAUUCAGCAUUGAAAUCGGUUAUCAAAACUAGAGCAAAAGCAUCAUCCACCAUUGAUGUGAUUACACACCGAAGCCAAGAUUCCAUCGACAAAAGCAGCUCUCUGUUGGGCUUGUCCAUGGAUUUCAUUGAAUCAUCAGACUCGCUGAACGACAUUGAGCAGCACCAGCAAAAGGCCUUCUCGGAGUCUAUGGAGAAUCUGCCCACCGAUUUGCUAUUCGAGUCAUCACAUUCACUCGACUUUUCUUCAUUUGGCGGCGGUUCAUCUAUUGCUGAAUUUACUUGCGGCAAUGAAUAUCAUGAUAAGUGGCCUAUCCCAGAUACAAUCGAGCAAGUGCAUCAACUGGUCGAAACAGAGCAAGCCGAAGGCAACUCGACCUCUCAACUGGCUUUGUGUCUGCAUUUAAUGGAAAGCGCGUGGCAAGUGGAUCCCAACAACCGUACCAAGCUAUCUGACGACGAGAGACCAACUCACAACAGGCGCAUGCUGGACGACAUUAUGGCGAACUUGAAACUAACCGCCACUACAUCAACAACAUCUGGUACGACGCUAGGUGAGGCCAUGGUCAUGGAAGCCAAGAAGUUGCUGAAGCAACUAGCACACUCAAACAAGAGCGCUGGACAAGGAGCUGAAGCAGAGGCUCAAUUUUUACUUGGCAACUGCUAUGGUAUGGGUGCAUUGGGUUGGCCAUUGAACCACAGGCGAGCGUUUCAAUGGUACCUGCAAGCCUCCAAGUAUGGACACCCAGAAGCAACGUAUCGCACUGCUGUUUGUUAUGAAAUUGGUAUCGGCACUAGUAAGGAUGGAUCCCGCGCAUUGACAUUCUACCGCAAAGCUGCUCACUUGAUGCAUGUGCCAGCCAUGUACAAAAUCGGAGUGAUUUUGAUGAGAGGCUACUACGAUCAACCUAUAUCAAUACGUGAUGCUGUCGUCUGGCUACAAAGAGCUGCCUGCACUGCCAUUGCUCCUUUGGGUCCUGCUGAGAAAUCCAAAGCAACAACCAUUGGUGGUCAUGGUGGCAUCGCCUUACCUCAUGCUCUUCAUGCGCUUGCUAUUGUUCAUUUGACAAGAGAAUGUGAAAGUACAAGCAUGAUUCCGGAUCCAAAAUACGCCAUCAAGCUGCUUCACAACGCGGCUCGUCUAGGCUAUGCUCCAAGUCAAUCCAAGCUGGGUGAGUGCUAUGAAUGCGGCUACUUCUGUCCUGAGGAUGAAUCGCAAUCAAUCUACUGGUACUCGUUGGCGGCACAGCAAGAUUAUCCAGAAGCAUGUCUUGCUCUUUCAGGUUGGUACUUGACUGGGUCUCUCAAGACGAAAUUGAUUGCACAAUCGGAUCAGGAAGCGUAUCUGUGGGCUCGCAAAGCUGCCAAGCUUUCGAAACAUAUUCAACCAAAAUCAUUGACUGCAAAGGCGUACUACACUUUGGGCAUCUAUCAUCAGCACGGCAUUGGCACACCGAGAUCAGUCGAUCUCGCUAAUAAAUGGUAUAAAAAAGCUGCUCAUUAUGGCCAUCCUGAUGCCUUGAAAAUGAACCUGCUGUAA